ACUGGGGGAGGAGACGCGUGAAAAGGGAGUGACAGAAGAAAAGAAGAAGAGGAAGAAAGUCGGAGGAUCAUGGAGGAGGUGGUCGCCAAGAGACGGCCAAUAAUCUCAGCUAAGGAGCGAGGGCCGGGUCCGGGACGCUACGCUCUACCGCCGACCGUGGGCUACAUCAACCAUGACGUCACCAAGCCCAGCAGCCCCGCCUACACCUUCCACAGCCGCAUGAGCAGCGCCAUGGUCUCUGUGGAUUCCAGUCCGGGACCAAGGUACCACGUAGGCGCCAAAGUGACGCGAUUUGGCAGAAUGGACACGCCCUCCUACUCCAUGUUGGGGCGGGGGAGGCGCAUUAGCUCAAAAGGUAGUGACUUCCAGACUCCGGGGCCGGGGGCUUACAGCCCUGAGAGGGCUCCGCCUCUAAACGCUCAUCGGAAACCGCCGGCUUACACAAUCGGCGCUCGGACACGAUAUCGCUCUGUGGAUGCAGUACCAGCUCCCAACAGCUACAUGCUUCCCAACCUGCUGGGCAGUCAGGUUCCCCACAAGGCAUCGGGCGUCAGCCACAGCAUGUCGGCGCGCAGGCAGGUGGGCGCCCCCUCAGAGGACCUGGCCAAGAGCCCCGGGCCCAGCAAAUACAACACCACCAACCCGGACGUUUACCUCCAGCGCCAGCCCUCCUUCUCCAUGCAGAGCAGGACUAAAAGACCUACUUACUCCAUGGCCACGCCGGGCCCUGGGUCCUACAGCCCAGAGAGAUCCAACGGGCUCUUUCGCAAGGCACCCUCCUUCACCAUGGGCGUCAGGCACUCGGAGUUUGUCAUGCCGCUUGUCUUGGAAAUUAUCGACUGACUGUGAGUGUGUGGAUUUUUCUUGAUUGCAAAAAAGUGUGUGAGAAAACCUACUAUGUAUAUCACGCUAAUGUUGUUUCUGUUAUGUAUAUUUCCUAAAAAUGAGAGGCUACACGAUUUUGCGGCCACUCGUGUUACGUAGCCAGAGGUGGGUAGAGUAGCCAGAAAUUGUACUCAAGUAAGAGUACUGUUACUUUAGAGAUUUAUUACUCAAGUAAAAGUAAGGAGUAGUCACCCAAAUAUUUACUUGAGUAAAAGUAAAAAGUAUGUUGUGAAAAAACUACUCAAGUACUGAGUAACUGAUGAGUAACCUGUUCGUUUAAUGAUGACGGCAACAAAUAAUGCACAAAAACAUAAAAAUAGCAAUGAGCAAAUUCAGAGCCAGGAAUAUCUCUUAAGCAACUAAAACAAUAAUAUAUAUUAAAUAAUAAUACAUUAACAUAAAAAAAUUAAGGCAAAUUGAGCCACAAUAACUUAA